AUGAGGGGGCUGUACCCCAGGGUGCUGCUGCUGCUACCCCUGCUGCUGCUGGGCGCGGUGAGAGCGGAGGAACAAAGCCGCGAGUCUCAGGGAAGGCACGGGGGGACGCCCAAGCGGGAGACGGAGCGCCAGGAGGAGGAGGAGCGCCAGGAGGAGGAGGCGGGCGUCGGCGCCGCGGGGGCGGAAGAGGGCGCAGCGCACGGAGGCGAGGGCGGCGUGCUCGCGUUCCGCCGGCUGCGAAGCCGCAGGCGGCGCCGGCAGAAGCGCGGCUGGCUCAUCCCGGCGAUCAACGUCCCCGAGAACGACCGCGGGCCCUUCCCCAAGGGGCUGGUGCAGGUGAAGAUCAAAUCGAACACGCGCGGGAAAAUCCGCUACAGCAUCGUGGGGCCCGGCGCCGACCAGAACCCCACGGGGGUGUUCGUCGUAAACUCCGUGACCGGGCGCCUCUCGGUCACCAAGACCCUGGACCGUGAGCUAAUCGCAGAGUAUCUGCUCAAGGGCCACGCGGUGGACAUGAAGGGGCAUCCGGUGGAGAACCCCGUGAAGCUCGUCAUCAACGUCAUCGACAUGAACGACAACCGGCCCGAGUUCGCCACGCCCGUUUUCCAGGGCUCCGUGGCUGAGGGAUCCCCACCAGGUGCGGCGUACGGACGGGCACAGACGGGCGCGGUGCUGACGGGGAGGACGCCGCAGUACGUGCUGGUGGUGCAGGCCUUGGACAUGGAGGGCGACCCGGACAUCGGCCUCGCAAACACGGCCACCACCAUCGUCACCAUCACCGACAAAAACGACUGCCCCCGAUUCAGCGGUACGGCGCGCGAGAACGCGGUGAACGUGACGGUGACGACGCUGACGGCGACAGACGUGGACGAGUCCGGCACGCCGGCGUGGCGCACUCGCUACGUCGUCCGCGCCGGGGACCCCGGCAAGAACUUCGCCGUGGAGACCGACCCCCGCACCAACGACGGCAGGCUCUACGUCGUCAAGCCCUUGGACUUUGAGAGCUCGUCCAAGUACAACCUCGUCAUCGCCGUGGAGAACGAGGCGUCGCUCGAGAGCGCCGAGUUCGGACCGGCGAGCAUCGCGACCGUCACCGUGACGGUGGAAGACGAGAACGAGGGGCCGACGUUCGAGCCGCUGCGGCGGGAGGUGAAGCUCCCCGAGGGCCUCCCCGUGGGCCACCACGUGACCACCGUGGUGGCCCGUGACCCUGACACCGCGCAGGGGCAGGCCGUGCGCUACAAGAAGCUUUGGGUGCCGGGCGACUGGCUGGACAUCGACCCCGUGAGUGGCAAGGUGACCACGGCCGUGGUGCUGGACCGCGAGGCGGCCCUGGUGCAGGGCAACACCUACACGGCCACCUUCCUGGCCACGGAUGACGGCGACCCCGUGGCGAGCGGCACGGGGACGCUGGCGCUGCUGCUGUCGGACGUCAAUGACAACGCCCCCGUCGCCCGGCCCGACGAGGCCGCGGUGUGCGGCGCGCCGGGCGGCGCCGUCGACGUCACCGCCAGGGACGCCGACGAGGACUUCAACGGCGCUCCCUUCGGCUUCCGGCUGGCGCCCGGGAACCCCGCCGCCGACGACAACUGGACCGUCCACCGGGUGGACGGCGGCGGCUCGCAGCUGCGCAUGAAGACGGCGCUGCCCGAGGGCCUCUACUUGGUGCCGCUGCUCGUCACGGACUCGGGCAACCCCGCGAUGAGCGCCGUGUCGGAGCUCCAGGUGAAGGUGUGCGCCUGCGACCGGCGUGGCGACUGCGUCGGCCGCGACGCCGCCGGCGGCCUCAAUGCCGCCGGCGCCGAGGCCGCCCUCCUCUGCCUGCUGCUGCUGCUGCUUCUCGUCCUGGCGCCGCUCUUCGUCGCUCGCAAGAGGCGCCGCGACGAGAAACCGCUCUGCGACCCCGAGGACGAGGAGGAGGGCGGCGACGUCUUCACGUACGACGACGACGAGGGCGGGGGAGAGGAGGACCGGGACUACGACCCGGCGCUGCUGCUGGUUCGGCUCCCGAGCGAGCUGCCGCCGCCGCGCCGCGAGGGCCCCGGCGUGCGCCACCUGGACGAGCGGCCGUCGCUGGCCGAGCCGCGCUACCCGCACCCCAGCGACAUCGGCGACUUCAUCAGCGAGGGCCUGCGCACGGCCGACGACGACACGACAACACCGCCCUACGACUCGCUGCACGUGUUCCACCACGAGGGGGACGGCUCCCUGGCCGGCUCGCUCAGCUCGCUCGACUCUUCGAGCGCGGGGGGGGGCGGCGACGACGACGACCACCACGACUACUACGACUACUACGAGCGUCUCAACUCGUGGGGGCCGCGCUUCCGUAAGCUCGCCGACAUGUACGGCGGCGGCUGUGACGACUGA